CCAGCCAGAAGGGGAACCGUCCUUCACUUAAAACCUGAGGGCUGUGAUUUGGGAAAAGUACCGGAUCUUCGGAAUGCUACAGCAAACAGAGUUACACAGAUGAAGCUGGAAAAAUAGGUAGGAGCCUCGUCAAGAAGGUGCCGUCAGUAUUCAGAAAUUCUGGUUUCAGUGUUGUCAUUUCUAUCCAUGCUUGGUUUACAAGUAGGUGAUCGCCCGGCAUAAGAUUGGCAGACUCCUUUUGUGCCCGUGCUUUUUGGCAAACUUGGGGGUUUCUCGAGUUUGGAUCGUUUGGGCGGGGCAUAAUUCUCCGAUUUGUCGGAGACCGCUGACUCACACACGUUUAUGUGUUUGAUUUUGCAAGUGCCUUCCUUCGUUCAAGGAAUCGCUUAUACAGUUUAUACUUCAAACAGCACAAAGGUGGGUCAGUUUAACAAUCCGAGAGGGCGGGGCCGAGAACCUCAGCGUUGGCGCGGUCGGCGGGCAGAGGGGGAGGGAAGAACGCCUCGCCUGCGACUCACUGCGCAUGUCCCGCCCGCGUUGCUAAGGCAGCGGGAAAAGCGUCACCAGGAAGUGGAGCUCUGCUUAACUAUUGGCACCAAGAUCCGUGGCCUAUGGACUCAGGGCUGAUUAGAUCCCGAGGCAGACUAGAGCAAAGCAGAUGAGAAGAAGCCAAAUCUGAUGCACUGUAAUGACCAUCUGCCCAGAGGCUCAGAGAGUCUAAAAAACACAGAAAGUUGGGUUCAAAUGGACAUCAGUGAUACAACAGACUUUUCUGUUAAUGAUACCUGCACGUCCUUUACUGAUGAAGUACAGAAUUCCAGUACUUUUAGCUCCCCUGGAGAACUGCAUUCCUGGCUUCAUGCCUCUGGGCACAAACUUGAGAAUGAACGCCCAAAUAUAUGCUUGGAACAAGAAGGCAAGCAGUCUGAAGUUUCAGACUUGAACAAUUAUGAAAAGAAGUUGAGUAGAAAAUGGAUCAGUUGCCUCAAGGACAAACUGGCUCACUCUGGACAACACCAUUCAGACAGUAGGCUUCAAACAGAAAUCACUGGGGUAUCUGAUGAAGAGCUGAAUGCCCUGCAGUCUUUUUGCAUCAACAAAAUAAACCUGAUGCAUCAUAGAGUGAAUUCUAAGAAAAGCAGACAUAAAAAAUUGCAGCUUCGAUUAGAGAAAGAAACUCCAAAGAUAGAUGUGUUAAACUGCAUUGUCCCAGAUGAUCUUUUGAACAGAAUCUAUUUAAAAAGCUUGAUGACAACAUUAGAACAGGUGGCAACAGCUAAACAACACGUUAUUUCACAGUGUCCUGACUGCAGCAGAAAAAGAGCAGAACUGGCUCAGUGUGCUUUUCUAAAGCAAAAAAAGACUUUACUGGAAUCACUUCUACUCCAAGAGAAAAUAGAUGAACAUCUUCAUACUAAAGACUUUCUUACCCUUAUUGGAGAAGCACAUCAAGAUCUUCCCAGACUUUCAGAUGACCCAGGAGUAAUCUGGAGAAGACUUACUGAGAAAAGUGCGAUUGGAUACUCUAAUUUUAAAAAGCCAUACAGUGCUGAUGAAGUAGGAUGGAAAUAG